UCUCUGUCCACUCAGUCAUUCUUAAAUUCAGUCCCCUAAAUUCAUUUAACAUUAAUCUUCAUCUGAUGUAGUAUCGGUAAAGUAAAGCGAAAGUAGACUACAGUAAAUCGUUGGAAACUAUAAGCAACACAUUACAUACAAACUGGUAUGGACUACAAUAUUCGGCACCUGAAGGAUGAUCCUGACGACUGUGAAUUUGUGGGACGAAUGUUGUACGAAGCGGUCACGGGAGAAUACGACACUCUCUUUUCUGGGAGCAGCGUGAAGACAAUUCUCCAGUUUGCGACAAGCAGGUUUAGGCAUCAACCCAAACAAUAUUAUAAAAAUGUAUUUCUUCUGAGCUCCGGGAAACAGAGGAUUGGGUUUGUAGAAUUGGCAUUCCACGACACUGUGAAAUGCAAAGGGUCAUUGAUAGAUCUUGUGAAAACAUUUGGGAUAAGAGACGGCUGCAGAUACCUGUUGAGUAGAGUUUUCUUCGUGUUUCCCAUUGCACCUUCUGCAGCUUACAUUGACAAUUUGGCAGUGGAAGAGAAGUUCAGAUGUCAAGGUUAUGGGAAAACACUGUUACAGAGAGCAGAGGAAGAAGCUGUCACUAGAAAGUGUAAUAAAAUAUAUCUUCUUGUAUUUUCAUCAAAUUCUCAUGCUAUGAAAUUUUACGAGAAAAAUGGAUAUAUGAGCGUCGGAAAGCCGAAAACCUAUUUUGGAUUUCUAUAUUUAGUAACCAAAAUCCCGGCUCUGGUUACCUAUGAGAAGGUUCUGGAUGCUCCAUGAAGUCAUAGUGUCUUCCUGUGAGGAAUAAUUUAAUCCUUGGUGUUGAAAUUAAUGAAGAAUGGAUGAAGAAUCGAGAAUAAAGAAAUCUUUAUUAGAUGGAUACAUUGAUUACGAUUAGGAAUUCUUCGGUUUGAUCUGUCGGAAUACAUUACCCCGGUAUUUUCAUGAUAUGUGUAUAAUCUUUGCUAUAGUUAAUUUACUUUAUCUGUUAAUAUCUAAACAUAUGUACAAAGUAUUUUCUGCUUAGAUGUCUGUUGUGACUGAGAAAAACAAGACGUCGAUGAAACUUGUUUUUCAAAGUAUUUAAAAUGCUCAUAAAAACUAAUACAUGCAGAUAAUAUAAAGACGUCACGCGUGAUUCUGAAUAAAACGUUGUAGUAUUAAAACUGUUCAAUGUCAGCACAAACUAAUACCUGUAACAUAAAUAUGUAAGUCUGAAUAAAACACAUCAAUGAAACAAUCUUUUUCACACUGUUAAAUACUUGUACAAACUAAUACUUGUAGUAAAUAAACGUUAGAAAUGAUUCUGAAUUAAAACACUUCCUUCAAACCACAGGGGCUAAGCCCGUUUUGGGCCCGACCUUUGUGAUACCAUAAAUCUAUAUUUAUGGUAUCACAGAGUUCGGGACCAAAACGGGUUUAGCCCCAUUGCUUCAAAUUACUGAAUACUUGUAUACAAACUAAUACUUGUUAUACAGAGACGUUAGGAUCGAUUCUGAAUAAAACAUUUCAUUGUAGCGAUAGUUCCAUCUUCUUCCAAGUGAUCUUCCAGAACUGUUAAACAAAAAGUGUUUGGUUUUUGUUGAAAUAUUAAAUUUUCAAUUUAACAAGCUGAAUAUAUUUAUAAAAGUUGACAAUUAUUAAUUAUCACUAUUAUGUAAUAUCAGAAAAUCCUUGAUGUUUGAUUUAUUUCUCUGUUAUAUCUAUACACAGGAAUACACAUUAUUCUAAAUGCGUCCUACUUUCAUUACAAACUAUAUGGGUUUUGCACGUUUUAUCUUUUCAAAUAUAUGAUUACCAAUGUUGUCAGUUGGAUGAUAUUUACACUUAUAUCACAAUAAAGAAAAAAAAACGAAAG